CCUCCCAGCUCACCAGCUCAUCCCAGGUCAACGCCCUUUGCUCGGUUGAUCGUCAUACAAGCUGAUAAUUGCCAUCUUACAUCUGACACAACUCCCUUUUUGGAUCCCUCCUUUUUCGCCGGGACUCGUCCGCAAUCCCGAAUCUUAGCAAACAUGUCGUUCCAGGACCGUGCGCUGCACCAGAUUGCUCAGAUUGACAAGGAGCUCUCGAAGUAUCCUGUCCUCAACAACCUUGAGAGGCAAACCUCAGUCCCGAAGGUGUAUGCUUUCUUGGGCCUCGUUGGAAUUUACUUCUUUUUGGUUUUCUUUAAUAUCGCAGGGGAAUUCUUGGUCAACUUCGCUGGGUUCUUGAUUCCUGGAUACUACUCACUCAACGCGUUGUUUACGGCAACCAAGACCGAUGAUACCCAGUGGCUCACUUACUGGGUGGUCUAUGCCUUCCUAACUGUCAUCGAGAGCGCUAUUAGUGCUGCUUACUGGUUCCCCUUCUACUACCUUUUCAAGUUUGUGCUUAUUUUGUGGAUGGCCCUUCCACAGACUCACGGUGCCCAAAUCGUUUUCGGAUCCUUCAUUCAGCCGGUGUUCUCCCGCUACUUCCAGAGCGGCUCCACCUCCUCCAACUUGCGUUCGCAAGCCGAUAAGGCCACCAAGGAGCACUCUACCUAAGAGCCUCUUGGUAGAUGGUAGGAAUCAGUGAUUGAGGACGUUGAAGCCCGCAAAAAAACAAUUUUGGCUUGUCCUAAGAUUCCUCCGUUCUUAAGAGGUCCAAAUGCUCGAUCAGCGCCGUGGAGACGCACAACUUUAUGAGAGAGAUCGAGGGAACGCAGUAGCUGCUUAUAUACAAGUGUUCGAUGGGGUUGAGUGCCUCGAAUCUUGACGGGAUUUGUAUUAGAAGGGGCGGCUGUUGAGGCUGGUUCGGUUGUUUUGUAUCAUUCCUGUUUUUUUUUUUUUUUUGUUGUCGGGUUUCUUGUUUAUCGUGCAAAUCGAUAGGACAUUAUCUGCGUCUCUGGAUGAUAGCGUAGCU